AUGGUCACGGUCAUGGUCACGGUCAUGGUUCAAGCUGCUCUGAGCCAUACACUCACUAAGGGCAUUGAUACAAACAGCGAGAACAGCAUGCAUUCCCUUAUGAUACAAGAUAUUAACCCUUCCUAUAAAGCUGCUCGCCAGCCAGAAUCCCUUGCAAAUCUUUCUCACUACUUCAAUACCGAAAAAUUCCUAAAAAUUUACGCAGCUCUCCUAACAGAUGACUUUGGGUGA